UUCAUUUAAUCCGAAUAUCCUUUAAAACUUAAAACAUCCACACCCUUCUUCUGUUGCAAAGACAUGACGGGUAAUAAGAGAGGUAGAGAGGAAACGGAAGACAUCAGCAUAGCAAGCAUGGCAAAGUUUCUAAUGUUAUUAUCAAGUGGCCGAGGAGAGUUCGAUCAUCACCCUGUGGUUCAGACACAGGCAACAUCGAUCAGUAGCCGAAGUCGUGUUUAUAAGUGCAAAACAUGUAAUAGAAAAUUUCCAUCGUUCCAAGCACUCGGAGGACACCGAGCCAGUCACAAGAAACCUAGAUUAGUAAACCAAAUAUCAUCAGAUAGUCCUGGUGGCAAACAACAAAUGACAAAACCGAAGACUCAUGAAUGUUCGAUUUGCGGUUUAAAGUUUGCCGUUGGACAGGCUUUAGGUGGUCAUAUGAGAAAGCAUAGAGCUAUCCUGAUUGAAAUUUCAUCAACAAAAGAAGCAGCCGCAGCAACAACUACAGAAUUGUCAUCCUCUUCAUCUGAUAUUACUAAUAAUACCACUCAUAAAGAGCAGCUACUUUUACCCGAGGUAAAAAAAUCCAAUAACAGGAUAUUGAGUUUGAAUUUGGAUUUGAACUUAUCCGCUUUUCCUACCACCACGAUGGAUAGUAAUGAUUUUGAGUUCUCCACUCUUGUAGAACCACGCAAACAAACUUCUGUACCACCUAUGGUUUAUAGUUUUAUUUGA